AUGUCGCGCAACGACGUCGAAAAGACCGACUUGGGCUACGAUGUCGCCGCUCCUCCGAGCAAAGAUGUAGCCAUCGGCGAAGAUCGUCACAUACGCGGUAUCGAGACCAGCGCCGAAACAUCCCUGCACCGAGGUCUCAAAGCCCGACACAUCACUAUGAUUGCCAUCGGUGGUGCUAUCGGAACUGGUCUCAUCGUCGGUACGGGUAAAGCUCUUGCGCAAGCUGGACCUGGCUCUGUCUUCAUCUGUUAUACGCUUGUUGGUUUUGUGGUCUUUCUUGUCAUGGCGGCCCUCGGUGAGAUGGCCGCUUGGUUGCCCAUGUCUGCUGGUUUUACUGGUUACGCUUCAAGAUUCUGUGACCCUUCGCUUGGUUUUGCGCUUGGUUGGACAUAUUGGUUUAAGUACAUUAUUGUUACGCCGAACCAGCUCACUGCUGCUGCGCUGGUCAUCCAAUACUGGGUCGAUCGAGAUACCGUCAAUCCAGGUGUCUUUAUCGCCAUCUUCCUAGUCGUUAUCUGCGUUAUCAACUAUUUUGGUAUUCGAUUCUUCGGUGAACUCGAAUUUUGGCUUUCUUCAUUCAAAGUCAUCACCAUCAUCGGCAUAAUUCUUUUCUCACUGGUUCUCGCUCUUGGUGGUGGUCCAGACCAUGACCGAAAGGGUUUCCGAUACUGGAGCAACCCUGGCGCCUUCAAGCCUUAUAUCAUGACUGGCGACGCUGGACGAUUCCUCGGUUUCUGGUCCUGCAUGGUCAACGCUACCUUCGCCUAUCUCGGAACCGAACUCGUCGGUGUAACAGUCGCAGAGGCCCAGAACCCUCGCAAGACCAUCCCUCGUGCUAUCAAGUUGACCUUUUACCGAAUCCUCUUCUUCUAUUGUCUUUCCGUCCUCCUGGUCGGCAUGAUCGUUCCCUACGACUCUGAGAAGCUCGCCUUUGCCAACAAGGCCAAGACCGGUGCUUCUGCUUCUCCCUUUGUCGUCGCUGCCGAUGUCGCUGGUGUUGAGAUCCUUCCUCACAUCAUCAACGCCUGUAUCUGCGUCUUCGUUUUCUCCGCUUCCAACUCGGAUUUGUACAUUGCCAGUCGUACACUCUACGGUCUUGCUUCCGAUGGCUCCGCUCCUGCUAUCUUCAAGAAGACCGACAAACACGGUGUUCCCAUCUACGCCCUUGCCAUGUCUGCUUCUUUCUGUCUUCUCGCCUUCAUGAACGUUGCGGAUGACUCGACAAAGGUCUUUGGCUACUUCGUCAACCUUACUACCAUCUUCGGUCUUAUGUCCUGGAUCUCCAUCCUCACAACACACAUCUGGUGGUGCCGCGCCAAGAAGGCUCAAGGCAUGUCCAACGACAUGUUCCCCUACGUCGCCCCCUUCGGCAUGUGGGGAUCCGUCGGUGCUCUGGCCAUGUGCAUCCUCAUUGCACUUACCAAGAAUUACGACGUCUUCGUUCGCGACGCAGACACCGGCAAGAUCUUUGGCGGCGAGAAGUACAAGACCUUCAUCACCGGUUACCUGGGUAUUCCCGUGUACCUGAUCCUGAUCUUUGGCCACAAGAUGUGGACCAAGUCUCGUGGUGUCAAGCCUCAUGAGGCUGACUUUUACACCGGCAAGGAUGUCAUUGAUCGCGAGGAGGAGGAGUUCCUUGCUGCUCAGGCUGCUAAGCGCGAGGCCGAGGGCCCUAACCGUGGUGGAUGGUUCUACAAGACCUUUGUUUCUUGGCUGUUUUAA